AUGAAGAUCGCUACUUUCUGGGCCUCCUUCGCCCUAUUAGUUCCACGGGCCAUAGCGAUAUCUGCUACGUCCACUACGUCGGCUACGUCUACCGCCGCGGCAGCAACCUGUACAGCUUCCCUCAUCGCUAGUCUCUGCCACUACACGGAUCCUGGCCCAGAAUUUGCCGUCGCCAUCGAAAGCAGGGCCUCAUGCUGGGACUACUGUAACGCCCACCCUCCCUGCAACUUUGUUAUCUUCAAUGCCGGCAACCCUUACCUGGGCACCGGUACCUGCUGGCUGUACCCGGGUGAAACCUACGAUCCGAGCAAAGGUAGCUCAAGUUGCACCGAACCCAACGGCGAUCUGUCUGUCUACAGCAAGCCCGUGUGUUCUGGCGGGAGCGCAACCACCACUGCUGGCGGCUGCGCCGCCACCGCGACUCCCUCUGCUAUUGCCUCGGUCUGCGGGUACCCGCCGCCUGAUGACGACUGCUUUUACGAUUGCACUGCUAGUUUGGGUGCACCGGACUGCUUGAGUCAGUGUGCAAAGGCCGAUUCCUGCAGCUACGUCGUCUUUAAUUCGCAUAAUCCAAGUGACUCACCAUAUGCCUCGGGCACUUGUUGGAUGUAUCCGAACGGCACGUUCAACGCUGGGUCUGCGACCACUUGUAGUGGCGCUCCUGAUCAGUUCGUGUAUAAGAACUUGUGUCCCAAGCCAUUGACUUCGUCGUCCUCCCAUUCAUCAUCUGCUUUGGGCUCUACUGGCACUGGAACUGCAGGAACUAUUCCGGGCUCAACUGCCAGUACUACUACGGGUUCCAACGGCACUGCAACCGCCGCAGGCAACGCUACGGGCUCAACUACUACCAACAAGAAUUCUGCGCCUGGCGGCCUCUCGCUCCCUAAUCCGUUCGCUGCAGGCGUGGCUUUAUUAAUAUGGCUGGCCCUUUAA